CCUCCCCACCGGCACUGGUCACGGAGAGGCCUUGAGCUCUGGAGAGGAAACCAUGAAGGAGCAAGAAACGCCUGUGCAGGACAGGUGAGGGCUUGGUGGGGGCCACUAGGAGGCGUUGUGGGCGCUUUCCAAAACUGAAAAUCUACGAGAUCGGGACUGGGAAAUGGGUAUAUUGUUGGUCCUGCGACUAACUCAGGUCAGCAUUAGGAAGGGAGGUGAGUGGGGAAGCCUGCCCUUCCCUUCACACAGCUCACAGCCCCAGGCCCUCAGCCCAUCUGAGCCAGGAAGAAAGCAGCUGCCGCCUUCCAGGCACCUGGCUACUGAGCCGACUGCAGAAGCCCCAGUACGUCUUUCUCCCCGGGUGACCUCCCAGGUCACCCCCUCAAGGAUGUCUCCACUGCCACUUCGGGAUCCCAGCCACCAGGCUAAUGCAGGACCUCGGCUGGUGGAGCCCAGCUGUGGGCCAGGGGUAUCUUUGUCUAACAGGACACUGUGCCAUCCUUCCUGGCCGAUGUAUGAUAACUGGGGCAGGAGCCCAACCACCUCAGAACGCCCAGAGGAAGAGCAGGUGGUGUCUAAGGAUACAGGGGUCCCGGUGAGAAACUAUGAAGAUGUCUUUCUCUUGGAUCCUCUGCUACCAUGUGGGCAGCGUGUUCCCCUAAUCCUGACCAAGCCCCCUCAGCAGGCAAUGGACUCCAGGAAGCUGCUGCUCCCACCGCCCAUCAUGUCGCCCUCUGUGCAUCCGUCCUCAUCCCAGGCCUGCUCCUCCACCUGGCUCAGCGAGGCAGAGAUGAUCGCCCUUGCUGGUCUGCUGCAGAUGAGCCAGGGAGAGCAGACACCCAACUGCGUGGCAAGCUCUCUGCCUUCCACCAGCUGCCCAGACCCUGUCUCUGUCUCUGAAGACCCAGGUCCCAGUGGUGACCAGAGCUGUUCUGGGACUGACACAUGAACCACAUAGUACCCCAAUAACCACAGUCCAUAGUGUACCCUGCCCCCCACUCCUCCACGGGUGCUUUCUUCUCCCCCAAGCUGUUUUGUUGACAAUAAAUCAGAGUUUGCAAACCA